GAUAUGACGUAUAUCUUGACAACUUUAAUGGCUACCUUCAUGUUGGCCACGCUUGCUUGGUAAAGAGUAAUAUUUUCUUUAACAUAUAAACACAUUCAUCGUAAAUCAUGUCGGGACGACAAAGCAACAAGUUGCCCAACAAUUUACCGCAACUGCAAAAUCUUAUAAAAAGAGAUCCACAGUCAUACGUGGAAGAGUUUUUGCAGCAGUACCGACACUAUCAGUCCAAUGUACAGAUCUUCAAACUGCAGCCAGACAAACCAAACAAAGAACUGGCAGAGCUCAUCAUGUUUCUUGCACAGAUUGGCCACUGCUACCUUCAGCAUCUGUCUACCUUUCCACAAGAGCUGACAGAGUUAUUACUGAGUCACCACACAGUCAUAGACCAUGAUUUAAGAAUGACUUUCUGUAAAGCCCUCAUUCUUAUGAGGAAUAAAGAUCUGAUCAACCCGACAGGCCUCCUGGAGCUAUUCUUUGAGUUACUACGAUGUCAUGACAAACUGCUCAGAAAGACACUGUACACACACAUUGUAACAGAUAUCAAGAACAUCAAUUCUAAGCACAAAAACAACAAGGUCAAUACGACGUUACAGAACUUCAUGUACACCAUGCUGAGAGACAAUAAUCCCAUUGCAGCAAAGAGCUCCUUGGAUGUGAUGGUGGAGCUAUACAGACGGAACAUAUGGAAUGAUGCUAAAACAGUUAAUGUCAUCACAACGGCAUGCUUCUCUAAGGUGACAAAGAUUCUUGUUGCAGGUCUCAAAUUCUUCCUGGGCAAAGAUGAAGAUGAAAAAAAUGAUAGUGAUUCUGAAUCAGAGACGGAGGGUGUGUCAGCUCGAGACCUGAUGGUGAGGUACUCCACAGGCAAGAAAAGCUCCAAGAACAAGAAGAAGUUGGAAAGGGCAAUGAAAGUCCUCAAGAAAAACAAGAAAAAGAAGAAAGCUGAAGUGUUCAACUUCUCUGCUAUUCACCUUAUUCAUGAUCCUCAAGAUUUCUCAGAGAAACUUUUGAAACAGUUGGAGACCUCUAAAGAUCGCUUCGAGGUGAAGAUUAUGAUUAUGGAGCUCAUAUCCAGACUGGUUGGAAUCCACGAGCUAUUCCUGUUUAAUUUUUAUCCAUUUGUCCAGCGGUUUUUGCAACCUCAUCAAAGAGAGGUGACAAAGAUUCUCCUAUGUGCUGCUCAGGCUACGCAUCAACUCGUCCCCCCAGAGGUCAUUGAAUCUGUCAUUAUGACAAUUGCAAACAACUUUGUGACUGACAGAAACUCUGGAGAGGUCAUGACUGUGGGUAUUAAUGCCAUCAAGGAAGUAGUAGCCCGCUGCCCGCUGGCAAUCACUGAAGCGCUGCUGCAGGAUCUGGCCCAGUACAAGACCCACAAAGACAAGAAUGUGAUGAUGGCUGCGAAAGGGCUGAUCCAUCUGUUCAGAAGUCUUAAUCCAAAGAUGCUACACAAGAAGGACAGGGGGAGACCCACAGAGGCCUCUGUAGAGGCGAAAAUCAAAGAAUAUGGAGAGCUUGAAGCUAAAGACUAUAUUCCUGGUGCAGAGGUCCUUGAGGUGGAAGAGGAGAAAGAAGAGGGAGAGGAGGACGAUGACGGCUGGGAGAGUGCUAGCAUUAGCGAUGACGAUGAAGAUGGGGAGUGGAUCGACGUUCACCACUCGUCUGAUGAGGACACGGGAGAAGUGGUGGAAAAAAUUCAGAAGAUGCCAGUUGAGGAACAAAAAGCAAAGGCAGCAGCCGUCAGCGCAAGCAGACUCCUCACUCAAGACGAUUUCAAGAAGAUCCGUCUGGUCCAGAUGGCCAAGGAUUUUAAUGCUGCGCCAGGCAAGGGCCAGAAGAGGAAAAUUGUGGAGAGUGACGAUGAAGGCGACAGAGGAGAGCUUCUGACCUUAAGGGAUAUUGAGAAGCUGCAUAAGAAACCAAAAUCAGACAAGGAAACACGUCUCGCAACAGCAAUGGCGGGUCGCACCGAUCGGAAGGAGUUUGUCAAGAAGCGGACCAAGCUGAACCCACACGCCAGCACCAGCAACAAGGAGAAGAAGAGGAAUAAGAACUUUAUGAUGAUACGACAAAGUCAGAAUGUCAGAACGAAAGGCAAACGCUCCUUCAGGGAGAAACAGCUUUCUCUCCGGAAUGCCCUUCUAAAGAAGAGGAAAGCGCAUAAGUAGGACACAUGGAUGAUGCUGACAGCCCAGUGACCAGAAGAGUUCUCAUCUUUGUGUCAAAUGUUGCACAUUCUUGGCUUGUAAAACAUAAUAAUCUAUUAUUUUUGAAUAAACAGAAUUACACUGUU